AAUUUUAUUUGACGCGUCGAACGAGACGGUUUGGUGCGUACGUGUUCCGCGUUGCUGAUGGGAACGCGCCACAAAAACACUUUUCGACUCGUCGUAGGCGGAUUCGCAGGCUUAGGGACCGCGUAAUAUAACAGAACACACUCAUACGUUUCAUCCAUACACGCAACCGACAUACACAUGAAUACUAGAUUAGUUUCGCGACUAGACGACGACACAGUGCAAGCAAGGAUUAGUGGUGUUGGUGUUAGUGUUGUUGGUGGCAAAGGAUUAAAUCGUUCGUGGCAACAAGAGCGAUGUCGUUGCCGCCGGUCGCGUGUUUGUUUAUGAAAGAAAUGAGAGUAACAUUCUUCCCGAGUUGUGCCGAUUAAAUACGCCGACCGCAUUUGUUGGGUAGGCGUACACAGUAACCGGAUAUAACUCUCGUUCAGAGAACAGCACGAUCCUUUCGGUGUAACGAUAUCCGUUCGCAAAGGGGGCGAGAAGCGGACCAGGACCCGAAACCGUGGAGCAUCAGCAGCAGCAGCAGACAAUCAAUGAGAAUAAUGACAUCGACCGAGGUAAACGGAGGCGGUGGUACGCCCACGACCACACGCGGCGGAAACGUGUCCGUGACGACGAUCAACUGUGGUGACGACGGCGGUAUGGGCGGCACAACGUUGGACAUGAGCGGUGUUGGUGGUGGUAGUAUAGUGGCGGCAAUCAAGCACAACAACAACAAUAACAGCAUCAACAACAAUAACAACAACACGACGAGUAGUAAUAGUGUGAAUAAUAACACCAGCACCACUACUACUGCUACCACUACAGGAACGAGUAGUAGCGGUGGUGGGGGUGGUAGUCCAGGUGGCAUCUUUGGAAACGUGAGCGGUGGAGUACGCAUCACCGUGCCGAAGAUGGAAGAGUCGGACGAGUCCGAUACGGAGCUGUCCAACAUCGAGAAGACGGCAGCAGCGGCACUGACGAACGGCGUCAAUAUGCGCGAGGAACGUAGCGCCAGUAAGAGCCUUCCGCGACCCAUGUCCUGGGAGGGUGAACUUUCCGAACCGGAGGAACCGAUGCUGGUGGACAAUGAGAAUUCUAGCUCCAGCUCGGUUGGUGGUGGUGGCAGUAAGCACGGGAUAGCACCGAUCGAUCCUUCCCCGAUCGCGAUGAUUGUGCCGAAGCGCGAGGAAGAGCUGGACACCGAGGUACCGACGUCCGGACCGGGCAUUACGGAACCGUUGGCACUGACCGCUUCCAGCAGUAAUAGCAGCAGCAGUAGCAGCAGUACCGGUGGCUACAAUCUUUCCUCCCAGAGCGGUGGCACGAUUCGGAAUGCGCACAGUAACAGCAAUACCGGUAGUAGCAGCUCCAGCAACUCACCACUGCCGAAUCGGCUCAUGAUCAAACCGGAAGCGGGGCUUCCACUGAUCAAUCCCGGGCUGGCGUACAACGUGUCCGGGCUCGGGAACAACUCCUCCAACAUUCCAACGUCUUCGGGAGCUUCGUCGUCCACGGUGAAGAAGGCCGGACUUCCGGAUGUGAUAAACCUGAAGUACGAACUACCACCGGGUGGUGGUGGUGGUGAUCCGGGCGGCGGUAGUGCACUUCCACCGAGUGCAAUCCAUUCGCCGCUGUUGGUCCGUUCGAAGACGACGCUGCUGCCCGCGAAUCCCAGUCCCGACUCAGCCAUCCACUCGGUGUACACGCACAGUUCGCCGAGCCAAUCGCCACUCACAUCCCGCCAUGCACCGUACACGCCAUCGCUCAGCCGGAACAAUAGUGACGCGUCGCACAGCAGCUGCUACUCGUACAGCUCGGAGUUCAGCCCGACGCAUUCGCCCAUCCAGGGCCGGCAUAACAUCUUCGCCGGUGGUGGUGGUGGUGGUGGAGGAGGAGGGGGCGGAGGAGGAGGAGGCAGUGCAUCCUUCAACGGAUCACCGUUGCAUCACUCAGUAUUAUACAAACCGAUGCUGGAUAGCGAGCAGCAGCAACAGCAAGCCCUUAAACAGCUGGCUGCAGCGGCGGCUGCCGCGGCCCAAGAAGAACCGCUCUACGAUGGGGAACAUUUGCCUUCGCCCGGGAUAUCUCGGCAGCAGCUUAUCAACAGCCCGUGUCCCAUCUGUGGCGAUAAGAUAUCCGGCUUCCAUUAUGGCAUUUUCUCGUGCGAGUCGUGCAAGGGCUUCUUCAAGCGUACGGUGCAGAACCGUAAGAACUACGUGUGCCUUAGGGGGGCGGCCUGUCCGGUGACGAUAGCGACACGCAAAAAGUGUCCCGCCUGCCGGUUCGAGAAGUGCCUUCAGAAGGGGAUGAAAUUGGAAGCUAUUCGGGAGGAUCGAACACGUGGAGGACGCUCAACGUACCAGUGCUCGUACACCUUGCCAGGACCGUUGGUAAACGCGGGCGGUGGUAUGCAACCGGGUGACUCACCGGGCGCGGGACCAUUCCAGUACGGUGGUUCGGUACGAUCACCGUACGUUGGAGGAGGUUCCGGUGUUGGUGGUGUUGGAGGACAGCAGAUGAAGAUGGAACCACCGGACGGUGGUAUGAUGAUGGUCGGAUCGGGUUCCAUUGGCGGAGGGAACGGUGGCAUGAAUGGAAUGGGCAAUGGACUCGGUUCGGAUGGUAUUAGCAGCUCCGGUGGAGCUAAUCACAUGCAGCCAGGCAUUCCAGUACUGUUACAGGUAGUCUCUCCUCAACGUUUCUCUCGUAAGAACCUAUAUAAAAAAGGCUUUGGUCUCCAACAGGAAAUUAUGGACGUUGAACCGCUGUGGCAGUAUAAUGCUCAGGAGCUGGCCCGACUCAACCAACCGCCAACGAACGUAAGCAGCACGACGAUCGCCAACAAUCCGAUCCUGUCGAGUGCCGGCAUCUCGUCCGACAGCAGUCCCGAUCUGAUCGCUAACCUCUGUAACAUUGCCGACCACCGACUGUACAAGAUCGUCAAGUGGUGCAAAAGUCUGCCACUCUUCAAGCACAUUUCCAUCGACGAUCAGAUCUGUCUGCUGAUAAACUCCUGGUGUGAGCUGCUGCUGUUCUCGUGCUGCUACCGUUCGAUCUCGACACCGGGCGAGAUUAAGAUUUCCCAGGGCAAAUCGAUCACGCUGGAUCAGGUUAAGAAUAGUGGUUUGCAGACGUGUAUUGAGCGGAUGUUAAAUCUAACCGACCAUCUGCGACGAUUGCGCGUCGAUCGGUACGAGUACGUGGCGAUGAAGGUGAUCGUGUUGCUCUCUUCGGACACAUCCGAGCUGAAGGAAUCGGAAAAGGUGCGGACGAGCCAGGAGAAAGCAUUGCAGGCCCUGCAAGCCUACACACUGGCCCACUAUCCCAAGUCGCCGGCCAAGUUUGGCGAGCUGUUGCUGCGCAUUCCCGAACUCCAGCGCACCUGUCAGGUCGGUAAGGAGAUGCUCACAAUCAAACCGAAGGAUGGCGAGGAGCCAUCGUUUAACCUGCUAAUGGAACUGCUCCGUGGCGAGCACUGAACACACAAGACUUCGUUUCGUUUUGCUUUUUGUGCCUCGGAAUGGGUGCGCGCGUACGGGGCACCGGACGUUUUGUAUCCGAAACAGCAGGGGUGCUGGAACACCCUUGACCACCUUAGACACAACGACCGGAAGCCGCAAUCCUGAUGGUCCGUUUUUACAUCAGGCCAUCUAGAUCCGGUAGCGGAAAAGGGAAAUGAUCGAUUUCGUGUUUUUUAUUAGGCGAGUACUCGUCGCUCUAGAGCUAGCUUGUAAGCUGUAGCGUUAGCAUUGUAAAGGUUAUAUUAUGUUUUUUAAAAACUGAUGUUUUGUUUUGCUGAUACACUCACGCGCAGUAGUAUGUAGGGGGCUUCCGAAGGAAUGGCCGGUUCUGUCGAGGGACCGAGUGAGUUUUAUUUUAACUUGAUAUCUGAUUAGUUGCUAGUGUAGUUUUGAAUAGUUAGGCUACUCUCUACAAUGGCGAGUAACUUCUGCCGAGGUUCGGUUUUGUUAAACCCAUGAAAAGGCACAUCAAAUCAAUGGCAUUGUUUGAUUGCUGGGGAACGACCGUACGCUAGGCGUUUUCGUUUAAGUUGAUAGUGUUACUGACAUACGGUGUCAGUGUCAGACAACCCUUAGCAAAUCGUUUUUUUUCUUCUGUUCUCCAACUUCCCACAAUGUCCGCUGUUAUAUAGUUAGAAAACAAGAGGAAAAGCGUGGUUAUGUUUUCCGUUUUUUUCUCUGCUGCCUUUUUUUUUACAAACAGAAGGGAUAACUUUUAUCCCGUGGCGGUAGAAUAUUGUGUGCAUUAAUACGGGGUAUUAAUGGUAAAUUAAGACAACAAAACUUCAACACCACGGUUUCCAUAGGGCAGUAGUUUUGUAACGUUGUAACGUAUUGUAACGGGAAGAGGAGAGAGAGAGAGAGAGAGAGAAAACCCACACACACACACAUUCUAAACUUUUAGCGAACCAAUCGAAGCCGUUAACGAAAAGUCGAACAAAAUUCGAUGCCAAUGGGCCUGAUCCUUCUUCACGCUCUUUAGAAGCAGAAGGCGAAGGAUUGUGCUUAACUAUACUCGAUCGAUCUAAUAAUUACCACCGAGAGAGAGAGAGAGAGGGAUGUGCGUGCGCAAAAUUGUAGCUGAAAGUGUGUGCCUUUCUUUGCGCAAAUGUGAACAAACAAAAACACCUGAUAACAUCCCGAGGACACCCUUAAGAAAAAAAGGAUUACGCGCCAUUACACCAUGGGAAAGGGUGCGGACAAAAGGAUAUUCUUUUUCCGGCUCGAGUGGUGUAGUUUGUAUUUUGGCGGAGUGUUUUUUUUCCUGUCGGAAGGAAUUAGAAUCGAAGUAUUUUAGGAACAAACAAAAAAAACGGCAUCAAAUGGAAAGAUUUAUCGAAAAACUCUAGAACAAGAAGCAAAUCAAACGAAAACGAACACAGAACGCGAAAAAAUAACUUACAGAAACAGUAGAACAGAGAGGGAAACAAAACACAAACAAACAAACAAGCAUAAAAUGACUGAAAUUUUUAGCAAAUAGAGCAAUUAAUUAAACUAGUUAAUAAGUGCUAGAGCGAGAAGAAAAACACACACUCACAUGAGGAGCGGAGGAAGAAGAAGCGUCCGGGAUCAGCUUUCCGUUCUUUUGUCGGUUUCCGUUUGGCAAAAGAAUCUGGUUGAAAGGCUUGAUUUUGGAGAUUUGUAAAUAAUUAGCAUAAGGUUUUCCUUUUUUUUUAAAAAACUAUUAUUACUAUAAUUAAUAUCGAACCGGAUGCCGGUUACGUUCGGAUUUCUGUUUAGUUUUCAGCGUUUUAAGAAGUGCAAAGUGGAAAAAACGGCUUUCUUACACAAAAACGAGAGUUUGGUAGAGUGGCAAUAGAUUGUUUAGUGUGGUUAGUUUCUUUUUUUAUAUACACUAAGAUUAAGUUCGUUUGCGUGGAGAGUUUUAAAAAUUCGUGCGUACUAUUAUUGCUUCCAGUGGGUUUUUUUACGUUUAUUUUUUUAAAGGGACACAAUCCUUUUCUUUACUAGAAGCUUUCCAUUACUAGCCUUCAAUUUGCUUCCAUCCGUGGGAAUUGUCCCUGUUUUCUCUGUUGUUUAGUGCAAUACUCGGAUGAAAACCUUUACUUUUCAUCAUCCUUAUAAGCUUACCCACACACACACACACACGACACGAGAAGGGAAAAGCCCUUAAAAUUGUCCUUAAAAAGGAUAAAAAUGGCAUUUUUUUAAACUAUGCGUUAAAGACCGUGUUCGAGUUCGAAGCAAAGCUCUGGAACUCACCAGCAUGGAUUGGUUGAAUAGUCCGCGGCAAUGAAAGCAAGUGAGCCACCACCAUUUUAAUUUCAUUCAUUUUUUUUGUAUAAGAUUGAUAACGAUUUGCCUUGACAUUUGCUUUAGCACACGUGCUCUUCACUGUAUCUGAGGUGUCAAACCCACUAAUGGCAAGCAAAAAAAGCAGGAGAAAAUUUAAGAAACAAAACAAAAAAAAUGCAGCAAAAAUGUGAUCGAUUUAAUUAUACCUUAAACCCGGAGCCGUGGGACAGCUGUAGCUUUGACGAGAGCCAAAUGCUCUCCAGUGUUUUUGAAGCUAGGAUAAAAGAUUUUCAUAACUUUUGUUUUCUGUUUCUGUUUUCUUUUUUUUGCUGUCUUGUUUUUAGGCAUUUAAGGCGAUUUAGAAUGUUUGGAUGCUCCUUUUUGCCGUGGGAGGAGACUUUGUUUUAUACAGUUGUUUUUUUUCCUUCUCUAUUGCAAUUACUUCAGUUUUUUCUAUGUAGCAUCAAUAAAAGCGCCAAUUGGUGUCAUAUUGCGGGGCGUGUUUCGUGCGCAAGCGGCACAAGCAUUGGAGGAAGAAAUUAUAUAGCAAAUUAUACCAGCUACUUAUAUACAUAAAGCAAAUAUUGAUAGAUGCAAAUUUACUGUAAAGAAGUGAGAGGGAAGACCCGGAUUAAAAAAAACAGCGAGAGAAAACGGACUUGUGGGUCCAUUCUUAUGCUCUAAACCCUAGCGAAAAAUAUCCUUCGGAAGCGAAGGGUUCGAGAUUCUAUCAGGCCACCUUCGCGGGACAGUGAUGCGGUUUAUUGUUUUGUUGUCUAAAAAGUACACAGUAUUUAAGUGAAGUUUCCCUUUUCUGCGCCAUCAGCUAUGUUGAAUCACUGUCACUUUGUGCGCGUCACCUUCUGGGACUUCUGUCCAUCGUUCGAACAAAUCAUUCGCUAGGAGAGCAAGAUUUUGUACUUAAACUUAUGAUUAAUUUCGUUGUUGCUCGAACAUGAAGAUGUGCUGUUUGUGUGUUUUUUUUUAACGAAUCGAGCAAACGUCAGCAAAAAACGUGUUUGCUCCACGUACGUGUAUAAGGGCCAGGAGGAAAUCUGCGUCGGAAAUUAUUUUCUAACACGGGUGAGCAAAGCUAAGGUAGAGAAAGGCUGGAAGAAAGUAGGAAAAGUGUAAGAAAAGUACACUCGAACUCACAACAACACAUACACAGACGGCGGGAGACGAAGAAUUUUUUGAAUAAAAUUAUACCUUAUAAUGUAA